AUGCGAGGUGCAUAUAGUACAGCCAUUUGGUACAACAUCAUAGAGCUAUUUCAGAAAUACUUCUUACAUAACCAGGCUUGCCAGGUCAUAAUCUGUAAGCAGUGUCAAUAUGCCGUUAGCCCGGCCCAUAUUCAAGGCCAUUUGCAAGAGAAACACAAGAGCACCACUGUUCGGCAACGAGUCGACAUCGCAGCGUUUGUUCAGCGUCUGCCCCAUGUCGCACAGACGCCCGACAAGGUUAAGUAUCCCGAUGCGAGUAGUCCGCCCAUCGCCGGCAUUCCCGUAUAUCCCAAUGGACAUCGAUGCGUGUUCAACGUCGACGGCCGCGAAUGCAAUGUCACAUACCGCGAACGCACGGGCAUUCAGAAGCAUUGCAAGGACCAGCAUAAUUAUCAGAGUACCCGAGCAAAAGGCCGACCGGAUUUCGAUGCCGUCCACCGUCCACCAUGGGAAACGAACCAACCAUGCCAACGUUUGUUCCGUACAGGCAAAUGGCAAAAGGUAUUUCCCGUCCAGGUCGUGCCCCAUGCCGGCCCAGCCGUAGACAUCGAUCAUGCCGCCCAAGGCAAGGCAUGGAUGGCGAAGUUGUUUGCCGAUUUUCAGCAGGCGCAGGAAGACGCCCGCACCGAACGGACGCGGUAUGAGCCUAAUCCAUGGUUAGAACACACCGGAUGGGAGCGUCAUUUAUCGAACGAUCAUCGACGAUGGAUCACCGAAUGCGUCAAGGCCGAGCCUAAUGUCGACAAAGUGCAGGCAUGUUUAGAAGACGAUGCCGCCCCAUUCGCCCCCGAAUCGGAGCAGGCGUUGUCGCGGGCGUGUGACGGUACCAUAGUGUUGAUCCGUCGUUCGUUCCAAGCCAGCCGGGUAGAGAUCGUCGGACGACAUGCGUUGCAUUGCGUCAAUCGCCGGGAGACCGGCGCCGACAACAACAACACGCCAGUUCGGCAUUUUGGAUUGCCAUGUUCGAUCACGAGUUGA